UAAUGAUGGACAAAUACAAAUAUGGUAUAUAAUUUGACUCAUGAACUAGCUUAAUCAUUAUAUCGAUCCAAAAAUUACAAACACUCUUUCAUAACAACAUAAUUAUGUUGUAGGGUUAAGGUUUAGCAUAUUUGGGAGUAGACAAAUCUCAAUGAUGAAUCUGAAACAGUAAAAAGUGCAGGCUUGCUAUGUAGAUAUGAUGAUAAAGGCUUAAUUAAAUUCAUCAAGAGAGUUAUAGACUCAGCUGAUACUUACACAUAUGAAUAGCAGAAAUGGUUACAAAAGGCAAUUCAAAAAAUUUAUUAUGAAUCAUAUUAAGAGUUGUCUCUCCAUGAAAUUCGGUUUUUGAUAAAGGAAAUACAAAAAGAGCAUGAGAACAACAACAAAACAAGAACAAUAAGUUGCCUUUAGAUGUUGUGCUAGAUUUUACUUGGACUAGGAAGAAUAGAUGAAGCACUAUCGAUAUGGCCUUCGUUCAUUGGCUUAGAGCCUACUUCUUUGGUUGGCUAUCAGAAAUAAGGUAUUUAAGCAUACAUAACCUAAUUUCAAGCAUAAUUAUUAGCUAAGUUGAAGGAUGAGGAGUCGAGUAUCGAGGUUUGGAAUCUGUACUUAAGCAAUAACAAGGAAGAAGAGUUCACAUAUUGUCAUCAAAAAGGUAUUGUAUAAACAAGAGAGUUUAGCUUAAUUCCUUUUCAUUCACUUAGAGAGGAUGGAGGAGGCAGUUUAAGUAUGGAAUGAUUACAUUCAGAAAAAUCCCAAUUAUCUAGAUGCGUACAUUAACAAAGGUAUUGUAUAAAUAGCAUAACCCCUCUUAGCUGACCUAUUACAUUAGAUGUUUAACAUUGAAGGAGUGAUAGCUGUGUAUGAUGAUUAUAUAAAGAAACAUUAGAAUGAUUACAAGGGCUAUAGAGUUAAAGGUAAAAUAUAUUUCAAUACGAUAAAGCUGACUUUCUUGUAGCUUUGAAUUAAUUUGAUGAUGCAAUAGAAGUUUGGGAAAGCUACUUGCAAUUGUUUCCGAAGGAUAGAAAAGCUUAUGAGAAGAUGGGUAUUAUCUAUAAAGUAAUCAAUAGUGAUGGUCGUUAACCUUAAAUACUAAUGAUAUUAGCAUAC